AUGGAAAUUCUUCGUGGCACCUUAUCUCUAUCACCUGAUAGUUCAACAUUUUUCGAGGUGGAAAAAUUAACCGAUUUAUGUAUUAUGUUACAAUGUGAUAUUGUAUCAUUGCCUAAUGAAAUUCAAUUUACCAUUACAGCAACAAGUAUUUCUCCCACAAUUAUAUAUCUUCCUAUCAGUGCUAUGUCUAUUCUUGUGUCUUCAACAGGGUUGCCACCUGAUGAAGUCUAA